UACUACUCUUAUCUACGAAGACAGGCCUACCAACAAAGUGGCGGAUUGUUUGGCAAAAAAUUUAAGAAAAUCUUUUUUUUUUUGGUUAAUGAAAGCUGUGUUUUCCAUUCCCCUCCCAUGGAUUGUAAUUUCAGGGAAAGCAGGUCUAUAGCUAUGUAGGAAGGAUGGCUGCUCGAUUCUACAAAGAAGUAAAUCGUCGAAAACUGCUGAAAUGAUUUCUACUAGUCGGGGCUCCGAUAUUCAAAUGCUUAAGAGAAUAUGUUCGGAGAGGAAACGGGCCAACGAGUGCAACACACGACUGUGAUUGUUGGGCUUUUUAAGCCACCCGAGUUCAUUAAGGGUUCGAAACAGCACUUUAAUAAUAUUCGAGUUUUAUUUCUAUUAAAUUUUCGUAUUAGGAUUUUGUGUUAACUAUUUAAACACUUUUGAGCCGUCAUUAAAAAUCAACUAUUCUUUUAAUAAUAAUUUUCUGAGAGCGUAUCUCUUUUCUAGUGAAUUAUGGAGUUUUGACAGAUUUAUCGCUUGUAAGUCUGUUCGUUCGUUCUAGGAUUAGCGUUUGUUUUUCUUUGAUAUUUCCGAUUGCGUCAAUGACCGAUUCCCAAAUUUAAUCUACUACGGAAUAGUUCCUUUUUUUUAUAAAAAAAAAAAAAAAAAAAAACAAUGACAAGUUUAGUUUUUUGUUUUUUAAGGAAAUAAACAAUACAAGUGUUGAUAAGAGAUCAUGCUGAGUUCUGCUUCUUCAUAUGAGUCUUCCAAAUUAAUCAAUUAGAUAAAUUUUUAGAUUUUGCUGAUAAAAAAAUGGCUGAUGACGAACCACAACAAGUCCAUGUCGUUUUCUUCCCAUUCAUGGCAUACGGCCACAUGAACCCGACCCUAGAUAUCGCAAAACUCUUAGCAGAUCGAGGUGUCAAGGCAACCAUCAUCACCACACCACAUAGCCUACCAAUCAUCACAAAAGCCGUCGAAGAGAACAAAGUCGGAUCCCCAACCGGAACCGUUUAUUUUGAGCUCUUCAAAUUCCCAUCAACACAGUGUGGCCUGCCUGAAGGAUGUGAGAUUGUAAACCAAGCCAUAACGAUUGGCAUGGUACCAAAUUUCAUCAAGGCAGUCGGGAUGCUGAAGGAGCAACUCGAACAGUACUUGGAGAAGACACGGCCUAGCUGUCUGGUGGCUGAUAUGUUCUUAACAUGGACGACUGAAUGUGCAGCAAAGUUUAACGUCCCUAGAGUGGUGUUCCAUGGUACUUGCUACUUUGCUCUUUGUGCUCAGGAAAUUGUUAGGUUAUCUACGCCUUAUAAGAAUGCCACGUCUGAUGUAGAACCCUUCAUCAUUCCUUCUCUACCACAUGAGAUUAAGAUGACAAGACUGCAAAUUUCAGAGGAUUUGAGGAAAGAAGAGCUAACUGAUGCCAAAAAGGAAUUGGAUUUGAUCAAAGAGUCAGAACUCAACAGUUAUGGGGUGAUUGUUAACAGCUUCUAUGAGUUGGAACCUGAUUAUGCAGACUUUUUCAGUAAAGAAUUAGGAAGGAGGGCUUGGCAUAUUGGACCAGUUUCUCUCUGUAAUAGGACUAGCAUUAAAGACAAAGCACAAAGAGGGAACUCAAAUGAUCAAGACUCAAGCUUAAAAUGGCUCAACUCAAAGCAACAGGAUUCUGUCAUUUAUAUCUGUUUUGGAAGCAUGACUCAAUUCACAGUGUCGCAGCUGCAUGAGAUCGCAGUAGCAUUAGAAGCUUCCAAGCAAGAUUUCAUUUGGUUUGUAAAGAAUGAUGAAGACGAAAAGAGUCAAGAGUGGUUGCCGACAGGAUUCAAACAAAGGAUGGAAGGUAAAGGCUUGAUACUAAGAGGUUGGGCUCCGCAGUUGCUAAUCUUGGAGCAUGAAGCCGUAGGAGCAUUCGUGACUCACUGUGGGUGGAACUCAAUACUAGAAGGCAUCACUGCUGGUGUGCCGAUGGUUACAUGGCCUGGUUUUGCAGAGCAAUUCUACAAUGAAAAACUGGUAACCCAGGUAACAAAGACAGGGGUCUCAGUGGGAGCUAGGAUAUGUAGUAUGGUUCCCUUUAUUGAUGAUUUGGUGAAAAGGGACGCAAUAGAGAAAGCUUUGAGAGAUGUUAUGGAGGGAGAUGAGGCACGGGAGAUGAGAAACAGAGCAAACAAGUUGAAGGAAAUGUCACACAAGGCUGUUGAAGAAGGUGGUUCAUCAUAUUCGAGUUUAGGUGCAUUCAUAAAUGAGUUAAAAGCAUCACCAUGCUUGACUUCAUUAUUACUGUAGUAUAAUUCUUACAUCUUUUAGAUUGUUUUCUUCAAAACUCCGAAAAUUUCUACCUUCAACUUGUGCUGUUACCAUCCAAAAUAAGAGGUCUGGUAUGAUUUCUGCCACCAAUAUUUGUACCGUCUUCCUCAUGCCACAUUACUAUAGCCGUAUCAUAAAUACUUAUGACCCUUCAACCACAAGAAGAAUUAAGAGAAAGGUCUUCCGAAGACAAA